AUGGCAUCGCCACUGACUUCCAGGAAAAGGCUGGAUGACGACCUCGAAAGUGUGGUGACAACUGGAGAGACAGUGGACAGCUCGGAGAGACGGCAACCGGGGCAGGGAGGGUUAGCACCCCAAACUGCAGCUCCUGAGAGGGAGCACCCAAAAUGCGCUAUGAAAAACCCUACGAAAUACUCCCAGGGGUGCCCAAGAGGGGGGGAAUAUGAGCGCCCCGAACGGACUGAUUCCCUGGUGACGACCAAUGCAAAUGGACAAACGACAACGAGUGCAGUCUGCAAAUGUGGCAAGGUCUGCAAAAACGUGACUGGUCUAAAAAUACAUCAGACCAAGAUGGGCUGCCUAAGGAAGCUUGUGUUGCAACGCACAGUGCCAGUACCCAGUACAGCACCUGGUGAGACGGAGGAGGAACCAGGCCCGGACACACACCACAGUGCCCAGAGCCUCCAAGCACCACAAGCUACACCCCAAAGCAGACCAUCAGAGCUGCGCCGGAUUUUGUGGCCUGCUGCCAACAAAGAGUCAGUGUGGCGUCAGUUUGAUGAAGAUGUUGAUGCAGCCCUUGAAACAGCAGCCAAGGGCGGUGUGGACCAGAGGCUCCGAACCAUGAGCACGUUCAUAAUCAGCAUCGCUUCAGACAGGUUUGGUGCCAAGGAACAAUGCGCCACCAGGACUUCCACUGCACUUUUUUUCUUAGGUGCACCAGCACAAAAGUUAGGGGCACCCAAAUUUUCAACCACAUUGCAUUUAACACCGCAGCAGUAUAGGAAGGCAAGCGAAGAGGAGAAGGUAGACCUGGCAGAACUUGUGGUAAGAGGGAGGCUAAUCAACCUUCGGCGUGCUGAGUGCAAGGAGAGGGCCCGCAGGCGCAGUGCCUUCAUUGCAAAUCCAUUCGGGUUCACAAAGAAGCUGCUGGGAGAGAAACGCAGUGGUCAACUGUCUUGUCCUGAGGAGGAUAUCAACCGCUAUAUCAGCAACACCUAUAGCGAUGGCAUGAGGGAGCAAGACCUUGGUCACUGUAGAGCCCUCAUAUGGCCACCGGAACCUAGCACCCUCUUUAACAUCAACGAACCCACCCUUAAGGAAGUCAAAGAGGUCAUCAAAUCUGCCAGAAUAUCAUCAGCACCGGGCCCAAGUGGAGUUCCAUACAAGGUCUUCAAGUAUUGCCCCAGGCUGUUGGAGCAUCUUUGGAAGAUCUUAAGAACCAUCUGGAGAAGAGGGAGAGUACCCCAGCAGUGGAGAUAUGCAGAAGGCGUGUGGAUUCCCAAGGAGGAGAAUGCAAGUAACAUCGAGCAGUUCAGGACAUUCUCCCUCCUUAGUGUUGAGUGUAAAACCUUCUUCAAGAUUGUUUCCAAUCGCCUGAUGGGAUCUCUUAAAAACACCUACAUCGACACAUCGGUGCAGAAGGGAGGAGUCCCAGGGGUUGCAGGGUGUAUUGAACACACAGGGGUGGUGACACAGCUAAUCAGGGAGGCACGAGAGAGCAAAGGGGACUUGGCAGUGCUGUGGCUGGACCUCGCCAAUGCUUAUGGAUCGAUACCACACAAACUGGUGGAAUUGGCCCUGAGCAGAUACCACGUUUCAGAGAAGAUUCGAAAUCUCAUCCUUGACUACUAUAACAACUUUAGUCUGAGGGUGUCCUCUGAGACUUCAACAUCAGAGUGGCAUCGUCUGGAGAAGGGCAUUAUUACCGGCUGCACAAUCUCUGUGUCCUUGUUUGCACUGGCCAUGAACAUGCUCGUGAAAUCUGCGGAAGUGGAAUGCAGAGGUCCACUGUCCAGAUCUGGCACCCGACAACCACCGAUUAGAGCAUUCAUGGACGAUCUCACUGUCACCACGACCUCAGUGCCUGGAUGCAGGUGGCUUCUUCAAGGCCUCGAACAGCUCAUCACUUGGGCAAGAAUGAGCUUCAAGCCUGUGAAAUCCAGGUCCUUAGUGUUAAGGAAAGGAAAAGUAGCAGAUCAGUUCCGCUUUACGCUGGGAGACACCAGAAUUCCAACAGUGUCAGAAAAGCCAGUGAAGAGCCUGGGCAAGCUCUUCACUGACAACUUGAAGGACACCGCUGCACGGCAGGGCACCAGCAAUGACCUCGACGCAUGGCUCUCGGCAGUGGACAAGUCAGGACUUCCUGGCAAGUUCAAGGCCUGGAUCUACCAGCAUGGCAUUCUCCCUCGUCUCCUCUGGCCAUUGCUAAUCAAUGAAGUCCCGAUUACCACCGUGGAGGGCUUUGAGUGGAAGAUCAGCCGAUUCCUACGCAGGUGGCUGGGCCUGCCACGGAGCCUAAGCAACAUUGCUUUCUUUGGCCAUAACACCAAGCUACAGCUUCCCUUCAGCAGUCUGGCAGAGGAGUUCAAGGUCACCCAAGCCAGAGAAGUCCUGCUCUACCGAGACUCAGCUGACACCAAGGUCUCCUCAGCAGGGGUGGAGGUCAGAAUAGGAAGGAAGUGGCACGCCCAGGACGCAGUGGAACGGGCGGAGGCAAGGCUGCGGCACAGCACCCUGGUGGGCACGGUGGCUACUGGUAGGGCUGGGUUUGGUAGCAAUCCUAAGCCAUGCUACAGCAAAGCCAGAGGGAAGGAGAAGCGGAAGCUUAUCCAGGAGAAGGUACGAGCUGAGGUGGAGGAAGCUCGCUUCAGCAGAUUGGUGGGCAUGUCCAAGCAGGGGGCCUGGACAAAGUGGGAGCAUACAGCUGGCCGUAAGAUCACUUGGGCAGAACUUUGGAAGGCGGAGCCACACCAUUUCAAGUUCUUGGUCCAGUCAGUGUAUGAUGUCCUCCCUUGCCCUGCCAACCUGUUCACUUGGGGCCUGGUGAACUCACCUGCUUGCCAACUCUGCCAGAAAAGGGGAUCACUAGAGCACAUCCUCAGCUGCUGCUCCAAGGCCUUGGGAGAUGGGCGUUAUCGUUGGCACCAUGACCAGGUCCUGAAGGCAGUAGCAGACACCAUCUGCAUUGGCAUUAACAUCAGCAAGCAGCAUCACCCAACCAAGUCUGCAAUUGCCUUUGUCCGAGCAGGUGAGAAGCCUCAGCCCCCCAGAAAGGCCCAAGGGGGCCUGCUCACAACAGCAAGAGACUGGCACCUCCUGAUUGAUCUAGGGAGACAGUUGAGAUUCCCGGACACCAUUGCAGUCACAUCACUCCGACCGGACAUGGUCUUGAUGUCCGCGGCAAGCAAGCAGGUGGUGUUACUGGAACUAACUGUCCCCUGGGAAGAUCGGAUGGAGGAAGCCCAGGAAAGGAAAAGGGCCAAGUACGCGGACCUGGUAGCUGAGUGUCGGAGGAAUGGGUGGAAGGCCCGCUGUGAGCCUGUUGAAGUGCGCUGCAGGGGCUUCGCAGGCCAGUCAUUACACCGUGUCCUGGGACUCUUAGGGAUUUGCGGACUGCACAGGCAAAGAGCCAUCAAGAACAUACUGGAAGCUGCUGAAAAAGCUUCACGGUGGCUCUGGAUAAAGAGGGGGGGGGACACGUGGCGUAGUGUGCUACCUGGACACAAGUCGGGGCCUGAUCACCCCCGGCUGGGUCGCCCGGGUGAGGGUGUCUGAUGUAAGACCCGAAACACCCUAUGACCCCGGGAGCAUCACUGACGAUGGGUCCAG